AGCCAGCAGCAGCAGGCAGCAGUCACCCCGAUCGAGCGCAGGGUAGAGAACACUCGGCCGAGGCAGCGUCUCUACGCUGCGCCGACUGAGCCGUGGACAGCCGUGAGUAGGCAACACUCACGAGGAGGUCCCCAAAAGUCGCUUCGAUCCUGUCGCUCCAAUUUGUACCGUCGUUGAUCGCGCCAUGACUCGACCCGUUCCAGUUAAACCGAUAUUGGAAGUUCUGUGAUAAAAAGUUAUCCUUACGGCGCGCCGCGCGGUGAAAGGAUACUCUCCUCGACACUCACGAGUCCACUUCACACCGGGUGUGCCCUUCGAAGAAAUCCAGCGAGUGUUGUCCAUCUCACCAGAGACUUUUGAAAACGCUUUUUGACAACGACGUUCUUCAUCAUCUUCCUCGUGGUCGUCGUUGGUCGGUGGUGAGCCGACUUGGAACUGGUUCUUCCUUCAGCGAGGAAUUUUUGUGCGAUUGAAAGUGAAAGUCCCGACGAGACGCGCGAUAAAAUAUACGUACGGCGAGAACGGGAACACGCGUUUUGUGACGGAACGCGAGUUUUAUUAAAGGCAUAGAAACGCAGCAACGGAGGAUAGACUGGCAACAAAGAAACAGAAGCGGAUACAACAUGUCAGAUGAGGAAGACAAACCUCCUGCACCCCCUGUUCGAUUGACAUCAAACAGGGGAGAUUCGGCGCCUAAUUUACCAGUGGACAUGCGUCCCUUGCCUAAAGAACCGGACUCCGAUGAACGCAAGAAGAAGACGUUGAAGAGCAAGAUAAAAGUAAAAGAAAACAAGGACAAACCCAACAUUAGUUAUCCCACCAAUUUUGAACACACUGUGCACGUCGGUUUUGAUGCGGUCACAGGCGAAUUUACGCUGCCAUUGAAAGGUAUGCCAGAGGCAUGGGCAAGACUGCUUAUGUCCAGCAACAUCAGCAAGCAGGAACAGAAGAAGAAUCCGCAGGCUGUGCUGGACGUAUUAAAUUGGUAUGAUAGUAGUAGUAAGGAAGCGAAAGGCUCUAAGUACAUGACCACUACUAAAAUGGUCGGAGUUGUUGCUCCAAUCGAAAGGGCGAGUAGUCCUCGAAGUUUGGGAAUGAGUAUCAACACAGGAAUAGGAAAUAUUCGUGGUCAGGCGAUGUCACAGGCGUCCGGUAGUUCUCACUCCCAGCACUCGUUGAGCAGGGUGAGCAGCAGUAGCCCAAGCAGUACGCCAACGGAUGCGUGCGCGACCAGCUCGGAGCAGGAGGAUGAACCACCGCCCCCGCCGAUCUCUGCCAGACCGGAACGUACGAAAUCAAUCUACACAAAGCCUAUAGAAGAAGAACCUCCGCCUCCUCUGACAACCUCGUUGGGCUCACCGCAACGAAACGGCAUGCAGCAGCAACAACAUCAGUCCCAGUUAGAUAGAAAUAAGAAUCAAGCAACACCGACGUCAACAACGACCGAUCAAACGCGACCUACGCAAAGUGAUAAAGCCAGAAAGAAGAAGAUGUCAGAUGACGAAAUAUUAGAGAAGCUUAGAACAAUCGUCAGCGUAGGCGAUCCUAAUAGAAAAUAUACAAAAAUGGAAAAGAUAGGACAAGGCGCCUCGGGAACGGUAUACACAGCGAUAGAAACGUCUACGGGUAUGGAAGUUGCAAUAAAACAAAUGAAUCUGUCGCAACAGCCAAAGAAAGAGCUUAUAAUAAACGAAAUUCUGGUGAUGCGAGAGAACAAGCAUCCGAACGUGGUAAAUUACUUGGAUAGUUAUUUAGUUGGGGAAGAACUGUGGGUGGUCAUGGAAUAUUUGCCGGGUGGCAGUUUGACGGAUGUUGUGACCGAGACUUGCAUGGACGAGGGUCAGAUUGCCGCUGUGUGUAGAGAAGUGCUACAGGCUCUCGAGUUCCUUCAUUGUAAUCAAGUUAUACACAGAGACAUUAAAUCCGACAAUAUUCUGCUGGGUUUGGACGGCGGUGUAAAGUUGACGGAUUUCGGGUUUUGCGCGCAAAUCUCGCCGGAACAGAGCAAACGAACGACAAUGGUUGGUACGCCGUAUUGGAUGGCACCGGAAGUGGUAACACGGAAGCAGUACGGACCUAAGGUUGACAUAUGGUCUUUGGGAAUAAUGGCAAUUGAAAUGAUAGAAGGGGAACCACCGUAUUUGAAUGAGAAUCCUUUGAGAGCGUUGUAUCUGAUCGCAACAAACGGUAAGCCGGAGAUCAAAGAGAAGGACAAGUUGUCAGGAAUAUUUCAAGAUUUUUUAGACCAAUGUUUAGAAGUCGAAGUGGAGAAACGAUCUUCGGCUUCCGAGCUUUUGAAGCAUCCGUUUCUGAAAUUAGCCAGGCCACUGGCUUCAUUAACACCUUUAAUAAUGGCGGCGAAGGAAGCCGCCAAGGGUCAUUAAUUGAGACAAUGUAUUUAGAUUAUAGAGUCACAUGAAACGUGACUGUUAAGAGCACGGUUUACGCGAACGAUGCGAAAACAAAGAAAUAAGUAAUGAAAUCACCCUCCCAAAACGAAAACGGCACAAUAAUUCAAUAAUAUAAUUAACAAAUAUAUAUAUCUAUAUAUAAAUAUAAAUAUACAUAUACGUAUGCAUUCAUAUGUGUAUAUAUAUGUCGUUUGUGAAUAUAUAUUAUAAUUAUAUGCGCGCGCGCGCGCGCACGUCUCUCGUAAUGUCGUGUUUUACGUAUCAUAUACACAUAUGCAUGUAUAUAUUCAUUACAUACGCAUAUAGAUCAUAUAGAUAGAUAGAUAGAAUUCACUCGAUAUCCUUCCUGUGCGACGGACUAUCGAGAGAAGAAAGACAGUUGUAAAAUUAAAAAAAAAAAAAAAAAAAACCUUGCUCGCGAUUCUCGCGCGUUUACGAACGCCGCGAAACACAAAAUUAAAUCAGAAAAAGCUAUGAGCAAUCCGAUGAUAGACCUUGUUUUUCCUCGAUAAACUCCAAUUUACAAUUAGACGUAAUGCACACUUACUUCCAGAGAGUCUUAAUUUAGUCUUCGCAGGAAAUAGAAAUAAAAAAGAAGAAAAAAACGUAACAUGCUUCACCGCGUGCUGUUUGUCUCGGACGAAUUCUCUGUUAUCUUAUCUCCGAUAGAUUAUCGAGGAAACACAAGCACGCAAUUGUCAGUUAUUUUCUAAAACUACUAAAAACAAAACCUAGUAUUACAUACUAUAAAUUUAAAAAGAAAAAAACGAGAGAGGGAGAGGAGAAAAAAAUAAUCGCGAUCGGAGAGUUAGCAAGAAGAGCAUAUUAUUUAUAGUGAAAAACUUACUAGAUAAUAGCACAAAUGUGAACAAGUAUACAUAGGACCUAUUCUAAUAUAUUAUUAUCGUUUAUCGAGAAAUCGGAAAAAAAAAGAAGCUUGGUCUUCGCGUCGGACUUAUAUUUUUCGAUGAAAGUUACGGUGAAGCAGAGCAAUAUGUUUUUUCAGUGUGUUUUUUGUCUAAUGCGACAAUAGACAUAUAAGCGGUAGCCUAACUUUUGUUUUCAACUUUUUCACAAGUCAUAUAUUCCGAACGCUGAAUAUAUAUGUAUAUUGUUUUUGUUUUGUUAUUAAUUUUGUCGUCUCGUAACGAAGAAGAAAAUUGCUUUAGAAAAGAAUUUUUAUAUGCGAAUUUAUGGCAAUUUUUGUGUUGACAUUAAUUGCAAAGAAGAAUUCGGUUUUAUACAUGUCAGCUCUAGCCGAUUGCGUAAGAAUUGCAUAUCUUGUUUGAAAAAAAAGGCUGCUAUAAAAGAAGAGACGAGUACUUUUUCUCAUUUGCGUCAUUAAAAAAGGGAGAGAAAGAUAGAAAGGAAAAGAGACACGUUAAGACAUCGAAUUCUAUAAAUUACCGAAGUUUAUUACUUAGUUGAUAAGAACAUCUUUCCGGGGACAGUGAUACUUGUCUCCACGUCACGUGUGUUCUUUGCUGUAAGUCCAACGCAACGGUUUUGUCUUUAACGUGUCUUACAAAAACAAAAAAACAAAAAAAAAACAAAAAGAAAAGAAUUAAUAACGGACGAUCGAUGAUACUUUAAAACAAGGCUCAGACAUAGGAGCAUUUUGUGACACUAUGAAGUGCCUGUCUUGUCGUUUAGAGACGUGAAGAAAAAAAAACUCGCGCUAUAGAUUACUCAUAAACCAACUACGAUAUAUAGUAUUUUGUUUUAGCAUCGUGAAGGAAAAGCAAACAAAAAAAAAAAGGGAAAAAAACAAUAAGUGAACACACACAUUAUCAACUUGAGUUGACGUGUUUUUACGUAGAACAAAUUGUGGUUCCGUACACGUAUGGUUGUAUUUGCAUCGAACGUUUUAUCGAGAUAUUGUCUUUCCUAAUAAUAAUUGUAUUUUACAUGUGUCAUCUCCGAGCGCCGUCAUCGAAACGAUACCUUGGAAGUAUUUUACUUUUAAACGACAUUGUGACUUUUUUGUAAUUUAUAUAUUGUUUGUUCUUUUUUUUUUUUUUUUAUUCUUUUUUAUUUUCGUACUUCCAACCCGAUUAUAUUCGACUGUGAAAUUUACUGCGCAAAAUCGCCAUAAGAAUUCAGAAUGUUGGGAGAUCGUAGGAGAUAUUUGUGUAUUUUCGAAAAAAAAAAACAAAAACCAACAAAACAUCUGUUGAGAGAUAACCGCGUUUUUUGUCUUAUAGAUAACGAGAUCAAAGGAUUAUUGUUUUCCCGUCGAUUUUCGAAAACCCGCGAGUAGCGUCUUGAACUCUGUUUUUUGUUUUCCUUAUGUUUUGCGCAGUGGAUCAAGCAGCUUGAUUGACAGCAGGGUUUUUCGUUAUAAAUAAUGUAUGUAUAGGACUCAUAUAUAAAUUAAUAUUAACAUGAAAUCAUGUGAGAAUAUAAAUAUGAUAGUUAUAAACCGAGAAAUUAACGAUACAUCUAUAUUGCAUACGAAAUGAGAGGGGAAGAAAAGAUGCUCGCGUAUUAUUUGAUAACGAGAAGUCGUAUGUAUACAGCAUGUUAUUCUCGACGUGAGUUCAUUAGUUGUCUUCUAUGUUUUUCUCUUUCUUUUGAGAAUCAUCUUAAGAAAUAGCCUGAUUAGAUUUUUAUAAAAGUAUGACUGUACUUCAACCGAGAGAGGCAAACGAAGCAACGCGUUGGUUUGUGCACAUCAACGUUUUACGACCGAAUAUUAGAGUCGGUAUGCUGAAAGAAUUUAAUGCAAUUUAUCUUGGAAAAAGAGAAUCAGGGAUUAUAUGUGUGACGUAGUGUAUUACUUUUAAAUCCGCAAAACUCCUCAAAUGUUCCGUAAACCGCAAACUUGCUGCAUUAAUCUCUGCUUCGGCAUCCGUUUCUAAAAAUCGCGUGGAUGACUGACAGAUUGAGGAUUUAAAAUAAUUAAAAAAAAAUGUGCGCACGUUUUAGUAUUAACGAAAGAUACGUAUGAUUGUGUAAAAAAACAAAAACAAAAACGAAACUGAGAAAUGGUGCGAUCCAGGGUUAAAGUGUGACGAUCAGAAAUACUGAGGAGCGAGGUCCUGCAUUUUCACAAAUAUCCAAGAACAGCUUUGUUUCCUGUGUUAUAAUUUUUUUUUUUUUUUUUUAUCACCCUGUUAAUUUUAACGCUACGUGUAACCUGCAGCUAUGUAACAGCAGCUAUUGUAAUUGUGUAAUUUUUUAUACACGUAUUGCGGGUAAAUCGCAUAUACACAAUACAUUAUACGGAUGCAAAAUUGCCUGCACGCAAAAAAUCAUCACGCGAUUGAUAUAUAUGGUUGAAGUACGUUUUAGCAGGUAGACAUGUUCGCUGAUAAACAGUAUCAGGUGAUCUCCUUUUAACGUAUAUAUGAACAAAAGUACAAAAUCUGUACCAAACAUGCCUUAAUCGUAAUAAUAUAAUAAGUGAUGUAUUACGAAAGUAUACUAUCAUUAUUUUUUAACAUUAACAAAUGAAUUGCAACGCGUAGCGGAAUGUACAAGAGCUUCGAAGAAAAGUACGAACAGGUGAAUUUUUUAACGAGGAGAAAGACUUGUGCGUGGGCAACUUUGCAUCUAAUUUGCGCAUCAUGUGUCAGUGAUCGUUCCAAUUGCAUUUAAUUGUUCGCUGUGUGUAAAUAUUACGAUGUACCAUCACGUUUCAUUUUAAGUUUUUAAAACGAGAAAUAUGUAGGUUCCUAUUUUCGCGAAAAAAUCAUGUUGAGUGCGUAUAUACAUAUGUGCAUGUUUUGCGGUAAUAUUUUUACGAUGUUUUUGAAAAUGCUUUGUGAUCUCCGAAUGAGAGAAAGAAAAAAUAGGCCUAUAGUAACAAAGUCGCUAUUUUACUGCAGAGAUUGAAAAAAAAUAAAAAAAAUAAAAAAAAAUAAAUAAAUAAAAAAAUAUGAUCCUUCUCUCGACGGAGAAAGGUUCAUUUGACUUUAACUUUUGUAAGAGAGAAAACGCAUUUAUCGUUAUCGGAAAUCACAUUCGGCAAGAAAUCUGGUCUCUCAGGAAAAAAAUUAUAACGUUUGAAAUUUUUAUCAUUAUAAAAAUUUCAAAGCAAAGGAACGCAAACUUAGAAAGGAGGUAAUGAAUUGUAAAAACAAAAAAAAAUAAUGCCUAGAAUUUUUGCGUAUAUAUUGUACUAUAACACCUUUCAGUUUGUUUUGAAACGUUACAAUAUAAGGAAGCAUUUUAUAACAAACGUGUGUGGGUUUCUUUUCUUUUCAUAUAUAAAAACAUCCUUCCUUACAGAGGUUAACAUUGCGGAGUGAUAACUUAUCACACAUAUCUAUAUCUUCAUUUCGUUUGAGAUACAGAGUUUUACAGAAAUACCUAUUUACAAUAUAUUAGGAUAUUUAUACGUUAUUAUUGAAAAAAUAAUAUUUCUCUUAGGUUUGACGUUUUAUCAUGGCUUUCUCGCAAAUCACGUGUAUACAUAUAUAUACAUUUCGUAUGAGUGUAUUCAAUGCGCAUACGUACAGAGUAUAGCAAAAAUCGUGCUACAAUCUCGGAAAAGAAAAUGAUUCCUCAUACAAAUCGAAAAUGAGAAACAAAACUGACGAGUAGUACCAAAGGUACUGGUGAAGGGGCGCCUCGUAUCGAGCAUGAGAUACCUAAUAUAUUACCCGUGACAACUGGAAUUUGUUUUGCAGAAAAUUCGAUCAACGAUCGAACUUUUUGUACAAAUACUCGUUACGUUUUAAUACGUUUUCCACAUUCUUUACAUUUGCAUGAGGAGUCAUUUUCUUUUUACUUGCAUCAUGAUUUCGAUGUACCUUGUAUAUAUACGCAUUUCACAUCAAGAUUCUAAAAAAUAAAUAAGGAAACUUUGAAAAAUAAAUUGAUACUAUACAGAAUGAGUUAUCUUUACGCGUGAAUAUGAUUGUGAAAAAUGUUCCGUCAAAAUCUCAUUAAAAAAAAAAAAAAAAAAAAAAAAAA